CACUGACAAGCCGCCACAAGAGGAGGAAGAGUGUUGUCUGUUGUGGUGCGUCGGAGACGGCCGAAGCGAAACCACCUCAGCAUUUCGUCAGCAAAGGCAGCAGAUAGGCAGUCACUAGACAGUAGACACGCACACCCAGCCCGGGGCGUCAGGAUGGCUUUACCACGAGCCUUCCUCUGUUAGGUAUUAGAUGCAUGAUGCCACUGGUAGACCCUCACAGGGCCUCAAGCCAAGCUGAGACAGACUUUGUGGUACCUCGGACCAGCCUUUCUCACCGCCUUGCUAAGGUCAGCCAAGCCGAGGCAGACAGGACCAAAGCAGCAGACGGGAAGAAAAGCCACCUAAAGAAGACAGAAAAUCAGAUUUCUUCCAAAGACCAACAGCAACCACAUGAACUUCAACAGGAGCAACAACAGCAGCAGCAACAAAAACAACAACAUCAACAACAACAACAGCUACUACUACAACAACAACAGCAGCAGCAGCAGCAGCAGCAACAUCAACAACAAGAACAGCAGCAGCAUCGUCACCAUCACCACCACCACCACCACCACCACCAACUCCACCAUCAUCAUCAACAGCCACAGCAGCAGCAGCAGCCAGCACUUAGACAGGUGGUAGGACAGGUGAAUCAGAGUGAAGGAGUGCGCCCAGCCAGGCUCGGAGGGAAGGACACCCACACAUACAAAGGUUGUGUUGUGAGGACUGUCAGUGGGCCAAGGCACGAUACUAAGGGUGCCAAGGGACCAGAGAGUUGGGACCCUCAGAAACUAGAGGAAGAGAGUGAGGUUGCCUUGGAGCGCCGCAGACAGCAGCUAACUCAGGAGCUGAUGAGAGAGAUGGCAGGCGACUCCCAUCACCACAUUCCCUCAGUGGACAAGAAGAUGCAUGGUCAGCAUAGCCACAGGAGGAACCCAUCAUCCUCCAGUAACAGUUCAUCUUCGUCCACCUCCUCUUCCUCUUCCUCCUCCAGUUCCUCUUCCUCAGACUCGUCUCCGCACCGCACAGGCUAUAAGAAAGAAAGCAAGAGGAAGUCUCGCCCCAGCAAGCGCAUUCCCUCAAGUAGCGACCGAUCCAAACUGAAGAAAACGAAGUCAUCCUCUUCUUCGAGGAAACACAGCAGCAGCAGCAGCAAACCCAGCAAGAAGAGUCACCCCAGCAAGAAGGACCAUGACAAAGUUCGCAGCCACAAGAGUACCCACUCACCCACACGCCGCAAGACUCUAUCCAAGAAGGUCAUCUCUCCUGGACGCAAGCGCACACCUUCCCCAUCCUCACGCAAGUCCCACAAGCUUUCCCCAGGAAGGUCCAAGAGGAGCAAGAGUAGAAAGCGUUCUGGCUCCCCAAGGGACCGUUUGGAGUACCGAGCAGAGCGCCUGGGCCUGGCAGAGCGUUCCUUGAGCCAUGGACGUGAAGCAAGCCUGGCAGGUCACGGUAGCUCCUCCUCCCGUAGCAGAGAUCCAAGAGUGGACGAGAGAGUGCGCCGUGUGUCCCCUGAACAGCUGAGCAGAGACCGAUACAGCAGGUAUGAGAAGGAGCGGCUUGAAGAGUAUGUAGAGCCAAGACGUGAGCGUCGGUCACCUGUUGCCUCCAGGUCCCGAGAGGUGGAGCGCAAGGAGAGCCACAGGCACAGAGACUAUGAGAGACAUGAACGAGAGCACUACGAGGAGCGGAGAAGGGAGGAGGCAAGACGAGAGGAAAGGGAUAGGGAGCAGCUGAGAGAGAGGGAGCAGCUGAGGGAGAGAGAGAUGCUUCGUGACCGAGAGCUGAUGAAGGAGAGGGAGCGGGAACGAGUAGAGAUGCUGGAGCGAGAGCAGGAGAGGGAGAGGGAGAGAGAGAGGCUGAGGGAAGUAGAGGAGAGGAGGAGUCGGUAUAGUCGAGAGCAUGAGUUUGUGAGGGAGCGGGAGGUUGUGUUGAGGAGCAGUAACCGAGACUUUGAGGAAGAGAGGGAGUUCUACGCAUCAAGAGUGCGGCCAGAGCUAGAUGCCCGUGUGUUGCCUGUGGAUGACCGACGAGCUUAUGAGGAAACUGCUUAUGACCACUUCCAGAGUGAGAGGGACAGGGCUCGCUACGAAUCAGGUCGUAGCCGCUAUGAGGAACUUGCCUUACAUGACCGCCGAGCCCUCCCCCCCUUAGAUGACCGCUGUACUGACCGCCGCGCCCCUCCUAUAGAUGCUCGCUUCUCUGAUGAACGCAGGCGGAGUGCCAGCAGCCUGGACCCACGCGUGCAUGACGCCUGGAUGGAAGAACAGAGGGAACUGGAACGACUGGAGCGCUCAGACCACUAUGCUCCCCACGUGGCUCCCCUGCGGCACCGACAUCAGCCCGAGUGGCCCUCUAGCCGCACUGCUACCUCCUGGGACAGACACAAACACUCCAGGCAUGACGAGUGGCCAGACGAGUAUGGGCGUGGCGCCACUGGCAGCAGCAGCCGAGCUGCUGAGUGGGGGGAAGAGCCCCAUGACUGGGUGGAUGACCGUGUAGUGUCAUCCUCCCUCCAUCAAGACCAGUGGAGCCAGCACUCCCGGCGCAGUUACAGGGAUGAGUGGGCUGCCCGUGAGGCUGAUUGGGUGGAUCAUGGACCACCGCCUUACCCCAGCAGUCGGGAGCUCCUGCCCUCAGCCUCCCAGAGUUUGUCUCUCAGCCGGGAGCGCAGCCAGCAGCCUCCAGUGGGACGCCGCUCACGCCGAGAGGCUGUGGAGCAGAGCCUUGAGCCUCCAGGACACCGUCACAUUGAUGAGGAACCGAUGGAGGCCAGUCUGCUGCACACCCGAGGAGGGGACAUGACCAGCCCACCACCCUCAGACCAAGAUCAGACACACAUGUCAGGCAAUGAUGGUGAACUGUGGGAGUAUGACCCAGCCAAAGGCUCAUGGGUGCGCCGUGCUGCCGAUGCCGCCCCCAGCAUGGCUUCUGAACGAGACUUGCUGCUGAAGAAGGACAAGUCUACUGCUGAUAUUGUGCCAGAAGAGGGUGUAGUGGAAGAUAGGAAGCGUGGCCUCUCGGAGGACAGGAAGAGAGGGCCUUCUGAGGACAGGAAGCGUGGGCCUUCAGAGGACAGGAAACGGGCAGGUCCCUUGGAGGACAGGAAGCAUUCAGGUGUUGCUGAGGAGGAGAGAACCAGUGAGGAGCCAGAGACCAAGAGGCAGUGCACUGAAUCUCCCUCACCAGCACUGUCACAGCCACUCAAGGAGGAGGUGGCAAAGGCAGGGGCAGUAGUAACAACAACAGAAGCAGCACAAGCACCACCACCAGGACCAGCACUAGCACAAACACCAGCAACACCAACAGUCCCGGUGCUGGAGGAAAAAGAUACAUUCAGUGACAUCAGUGAUGAUGUAGAUGACAUCCUCAACCAGGAGGUUGUUGGGUUUAAUGAGGAUGACAGCCGGAACAUCAGCACCUCACACAUUGAGGAAUCAAGGAACCUUAGCCGUGAAAAUGCCCCAUCUUAUGAAGAGCUUGUGGAGGAAGAUGAGGAGACCCACCUAGAGGAGAUCAGUGAUGAUGAACUGGAGGAAGAUCGCCAAGCCAAAUUCAAUGUUGCCGGUGCCCUGGACAUCAACUGGGCAGUGUUGGUGAGGGACACCAACAAGCCGUCAACUAAUGAGGUGGCUGCUGGCACAGCUCUCAAGCGCUUCAAGGCACCCCACCUGCUGGCUCGCCUGGGAGUAUCCACCAGGUUUGCCAGGCCUGAGGUGAUCCAGAAUAUUAAAGAAACCUGUACUGCCCAGAGUGACUCAGAGACAGAGAAAGUUGAGGUCUCUGCUGUCAUAGAGUGCAGUGGUGUAGCACGGUUAUUGAAGGCUAGGAGUCAGGAGCGCCAGAGGAUCCUUGAUGGCAUUGGCCCCAACAGGAAAGCUCUCUGUGCUCGCCAGGAUAUUGAGUUGAGGCGUCAGCUGUGCAACCUUCCUCGACAAGAUCUCGUCGGGGAAAGUCCACUCCUUGAUCGUGACUUGUUCCGACAGUCACUUGCUCUCUUGAAGUCAUGCUGAGGAUGGACUAAACUGCACUUGUGUUUCCUGCCUGGGUUUUUAUUAGACAGGGACAAGUGCAUAAUUAGGGAUUCAACCCAUCACAGUAGAAUGCUCCCAUUUAAAUCAAAAGUGGACAAGAAGCUGUUCGGCAUAUAAAGAUUAUAGAGAAAUGGACAGAUAAGUUAUUACACAAGUUAUGAUAAAAAUGUGCAGUGGCAGGACAGUGAAAUUCAGUGAAAAUCACUUAUGGUCUGAUUGAUUUUGUCAUUUAACUCAUGAUUGUCAGCACUGUCUUAUAAAUGUAUUAGGUUAUUUCAGCACACAUUUAUGGCUGUAUGUCCUAAAUUACACAAGAAAAAUCUU